GUCACUGGCUUGGCCUGGCCUGAUACACCAAGCCUCUCUCCAACGACCGUACCUCGUUUCACCAUCCGCACGUUUAUUGACGUUUCGGGCCGGUCCGCGUAUCGACCGCUCGUUCCGCAUGCCCGCGUCGAUCCCAGCUGGCCUCGGGACCAUCGGACUCGUUCGAACCUUGUGACCGUACACUUACAUGUCCGCGUGUUACAGUGGCCGAGGGUUGCACCGAUUUCCGCGCGAGUGCGGGUUUUCGAAUUUCGCUGACCGUCACGCGACGCGUGCGACGAUGCCUCGCAUGUGCUUCCAGCGGCUCGGUUGAGCACAGCUGCCGAAAGAGUUUACUCCGAAAAAGCUACCAUGAUCCUCGGAGCCGGGUCGACAGUGUUGCCAGUGGUCUGACGGGAUUCGACGGGAUUAGACGCGGUUCGGCCGAGUUCCGCCGAGUUUGACGGAGAGUUUCCCGCCGUGGACGACGCUCCAGAUUCCGUUUCGGAGGUUUCCGAACGGCCAGCGUCCUGCGCCAACGUGCAGAGUCCGAGGAUGACGAGCACGCCGCGGACAGCGCGGUGGGAGGCUCGAACGGCUUCGGCGAUGUAACGCGGUAAACUCGGGGAACGAUGAUCUACGGAGGACAAUUUCGACGGACGGAAUGACGGCGCGCCACUGAAAAGAACGAGCGGACUAGCCGAACUGGUGGACAGUGCCGGGUGGACAUGCUCGCGAGGAUGAGCCGAUCGGUACCGGGUGACUGAACGUUGUUCGCUCGCGCGUCGAUUUGACAAUUCCGACAGUGCUCGCUACCGGACGAAUGUCAGUGAAGUUCCGAACGAAAAUGUGCCGUAGUAACUUUCGCAUAAACGACGAGCCAGUGAUGCAGGAGGUUUGAGAGACGCGCGGCUGACGAACAGUUCGACGACCAAGUCCCCAAGGGACGCUCGAUCUACCGACGAUCUGGCCGGAGAGGCGGGUGCAGUGGGUCGUCGGUCAGUGAUGUGUACCACGGAGAUGACGGAAUCGUACACGAUGUCACCGUCGACGACGGUGUCUUCCAGCGCGACCACGCCGGGCUGCCUGGCCUCGCCCAUCCACCGACGGACGCCGUGCAGAGGCUCGCCGGGCCGGGGCGACGCUCAGGACGACGAGGACGAGAUCUCUGUCGGCUGCCCCAGCCCGCUGCCCCUGGUGGUCGUCGCGCCCAGCGUCGAGGAAGAGGAGCGGCUGUCCCAGUCGAGGGAGGAGUACGACAGACUCAGCCCUCGCCGGAGCUACCCCAGGGAGGCCGUGAUCGACGACGAGGACAGCUACUCGAGGACCGAGUACAGGAUGUCGAACGGCAGGAGUUUGCGUACGCGCGAGAGCAGCGCCGGGGACUCGGUCACCACGCUCAGGGAGGACGAAGAGGACGAGGAGGACGACGAGGAGGUGAACAGCAGAACCAGCAGUAACGGGCCGGCAGCGGCCGGUGCCACGGACGAUUACUUCAAGCCCCUGAAACGGCUCAAGAUGGUCCAGGUGCAGCACUCCGACGACGAGGACGAGCGCGAUCGGGACACCAACGAGAGAGGAGUCAAGUCUUUCAGCAUCCUGGACAUCCUCUCCCACAGACCCAAGGCGAAAAUCGUCCGGCCAUGGGACACCGUCGAGUCCAAUCUGAGCCACCAUCAUCGGCACCACUUGCAGCAGCAGCCGCACCAUCAGCACCACCUCCACCAUCAUCACAAUCAUUCCACCGCGCCCAGAGAUCUAUCCUUGAUGGGUAUGUCGUUGGCCUCCAUGUCCGGCUCGAUCAGUGAACCUCCUCUGAGUAGCUCGUCCUCGUCCGGAAGGAGCUCCGUUUCGGAUUCGGGCAGUCCCGAUCCGCUGGCUCAUCAUCACAGCUUGCAUCACGGUUUGCACCCCGGACUCCACCAUCCCGCGCUGCAGCAGCAACAGCAGCAGCAGCAGUUCAAGAGGAAAACCUCCCAGCAGCACGGUGGACAAGGUGGUCACCACGGCAAGAGGACCACCGGUCAGGGGAGUCCUUUGGACGCUUUGUUCCAGAUGACGAGCAAGACCUUUGAUGCUGGCGAACACAGUCAAGAGCAAGCCAAUCACCUGAACCUGUUCAACAACCGUCAGCAGCCGAAGAAGAAGCGCAAGAGCAGGACCGCGUUCACGAACCAACAGAUCUUCGAGCUGGAGAAGCGGUUCCUCUACCAAAAGUACUUGAGCCCGGCGGACAGGGACGAGAUCGCCGCUCAGCUGGGACUGAGCAACGCGCAGGUGAUCACGUGGUUCCAGAACCGAAGGGCGAAGCUCAAGCGGGACAUGGAGGAGCUGAAGAAGGACGUGCAGACGGUGAACCCGCUCCUGGUCGCCCAGCACCACAAGACCUUCCUGGAGAACGUCCAGGACCUGGGCAUCCUGAAAAAGAGACCCCUGCCCAGCUCGAUGGACGAGAAGUCGUAGGCUACCGACGCCACGUUGGCCACCUUGGCCAUGUUGCCGGUGCCGCGGCGAGAAACGAAAGCCCCUCGAGCCAGACCGAGUUCUCGGACCAACAGCUCUGCGUCUCGGAUUGCUGAUCUACCCUGUCGAUCGGUGUGUGUCUCGUUAAAUCUCAUUCUUUACCAUUCGCGUCUCGGGAACGUUUUCUUUCAACGUUGCCGAACAGUUGGCUGCAUUCUUUUCCCGUUGAUCCUCCGAACGAUCAUUGUCUCUCGGCGUAAAACGGGUGUCUAGAAUCUCUGGACUUCUUCCUGAUCGGAUACAAAUCUCUGCUUUUAUCGAGAUUUCUCCUUUUGAAAUUUUUCUAUCGAGAUUUCCGUUCAUUUACCAUUGUCUUUGCGCACUUUCAAUAAUAAUUGCAAAAAGAACGCAUCAGGAAUAAAUCAUUUUGGUCCUAUCCGAACGUGUUCUGUUCUCUACGCGGAAAACUGGUAUUGUAAUUCCGUUGAAAUCGACGAGGACCAGAUUCAAGGCUACCCUCGUCACGGAUCGGGUGUAAGGAUGAGUAAUCCGAAUGUUGGGAUCGUAGAUCAUGGAUCGAUCGUUCGUCGAAGAGAUGAACACGCGUAGUCGGGGAUGGUAUAGUACAAAGAAGAACGGCGUUUGUGUCGGCGAUUCACGCGACGACGGUGAAACGGGAAUGGAUCGAACAAGGCUGAGAAAUUUUCGAACCUUUUUUUCUUUUUCUAUCGAAAGAGCAAAGACUGAGAGUCUGGCGAAUGGGAACGAACGGGGAAAGCGGAGGAAAUUAACGUAGCUGUUCUUUCGAAGCUAAUCUUCGGUUGUCUCGCAAAUCUGUACCACUUGUUUCGCAAGAGAAUACUUUUACUUUACCAUUCUUCGAUGUUACACGCUAUCGGGUAGCUCUUCUUUCUUGUACAAGCUAUCGUCGGAUUUUCUAGUUUAACCGAAGAAAAGAGUAACUUUCAUCCGAUUCGAAUGUUCUGUUAGAAUUACGAUAACUACCGAUUACCACCGAUCAGAUGAAAAGCUUCGUUAGAGAUUUCCGGUGCAACCGAAUGUAUUCGUAAAGGUUUUGUCAAAUGAAAAACUGCCAAAUAAUCACGGUCCCAGCUGACUCUCGAAACCCGCCUCUUGCGACAGAUAAUAUUUUCGAUAUCGUAGAGACCUCUUCCGUUUUAACGCGUCGACGGAGGCGAGGCCUUCUCGCCGAGCAUUUCCGAGAUACCAUUUCACCUGUGCGGAGGAUAUAAACUUUUCGACGAAGGCGCAGGUAUUUACGAGAGGCAUUAAAGGAGCAGAUAGAAUCCGCGUUACGCGACGUAGACACGGGGAAAACCGAGCAUCCAUGGAAUUCUGUUUGAACAAGGGAACUCUCGCACACCUGUGUAUACAGACACUUCAUUAAUUUAUAGAAACCAUCCCCGGCCGGAUGGCACGCGAUUAUUUCGAAAGAAUUUUAUCGACGGAACGAUCAACAGCGUCGAGAAACCGAAGAAAUCGAUCCGGGAUCGAUUCUCACCGCAAAAAUCACGUCCGUCUUUCUAUUGGCAUUGUAUCGCAGAUUUUUCAUAAGAUAAAGAAAACUUUGGAACGAUCGAAUAUAUUACCUGAUUUCGAUUCUUCCGUAUUCGCGCUGUCGUAGUUUGAACCGUAACGCGCCGUUGGAAAAAUGUAACUGUACCAUCGACAAGCGAGGCGUAACAGGGCACUGUUAACGAAGCCAGCAACGACAGAACGCAGUCGCACGAACCGUAAUUUGUCCAGUAAUCUUUCCACGAGCGAAUUUUCCAAGUCGGGGAUGUAAUUGCGCUGAAAUCGUGCGAGUCGGUCGUUUCAACUGGAACAAGUGAAAAGAAAUCGCACUUGAGACGUCUAGUCGACACGCGUGCAGAAUUUACAAUCAAUUCGCCUACCGGUAUUGUUUUAAAUCGAGAUGCCCAGUUAAAUUUCACUUGAUUUAGUUGAACGCGUUUCACUGGUACGUUCCAGUGUGUUAAUUUGCCGUUUCGAUCGGUAACGAAAAUCUCUCGUGCACAGGUAUCUAUAGAGAGUCGAGAAGAAUUCGAACGAAGCACCUCCGUUGCCCAGUGUCUACGCGCCGGAAAGGGAAGAAACGGAAAAACCGAGCGGGCCUAAUUUCUGUUUCAUGUUUAGCGAGAAAAAUGGGUCCGCGCGCCGGCGGACAUCCUGUAUUAUAUUGUAUUUAUUGCGUAG